CAAGACAUCCCACUACAAACUCCCACUACAGGCACGAGUCGCAAGAUGCCUCCACGAAUACCCCUUGGGUUGGCAGCCCGGUGCUGCAAGGCCUCAAUUGAGCAGCCGAGUAAUUCAUCGCUCGUAGGAUUGUUCAAUGCGCUCUCAAUUCAAUCUCGUAGCGCCUCCAUUCUUGCGAACCUAUCCGACAACCCAGGUGCCUAUCAGAAACGUAUUCGUGUUGGUCGCGGUCCCUCCUCUGGAAAGGGCAAAACGUCUGGAAGGGGUCAUAAGGGUCAAAAGCAGCAUGGAAAGGUCAAGCCGUGGUUCCAGGGUGGUCAAACACCUUUGGUAGUUCAGAGGGGAAAGCUUGGAUUCGAGAACCUGCGAGCACCCGUUAUGUCUGAAGUCAACCUAAACAAGCUACAAGACUGGAUCGACGCCGGCCGUAUCGAUGCUACGCAGCGGAUCACGCCAAAAGAGUUAAUACAAUCUAAUCUUGUCGGAACGAUUAAGGAUGGGAUCAAGUUAUUAGCAAGGGGAGCAGAUUCGCUGAAGCAGCCGAUCGAUAUCGUUGUUUCUCGCGCAUCGGCGGCGGCCAUUGAUGCAGUAGAAAAAGCGGGAGGAAAGAUCAUGACGCGAUACUAUACUAAGGAAGCUAUAAAGCGGUUGGUGCUGGGCAAGAGUUUUCACACCGAUAAGCCCUUACCUACCGGUCCAGAGCAUGUACAGCCGGUCCUAGAGGAGGUCCGCCAGAGGGGGUUUUCCUACAGAUUGCCGGAUCCGACAGCUCGUUGGGAUAUCGAAUAUUAUCGUGACCCUGCGCACCGAGGAUAUCUGAGCCACACGUUGAAGCCCGGCGAGUCGCCAAGUUUGUACUUUAGAGUCCCGCCGUCGCAGAUUCUCAAGCGGCAGAAGAAGGAGAAGGGAACUACGCAGGAAGACACAAAACUGUGGGACAAGCUAUAAGAAUAUACUUGUCGAAUCUGCAGAAUGUACUAUAUUAUGUAUUGCGUCUGCAGGUAUAUACACCUAUUGCUGGGAACAUCUACGGAUCUACCCACUUACACUUGUUAUGUCAACCCAUCUAAAUGGAGAUAUGAUGUGCCUUCAGUUUGGUGGUUGCAGCAGGGGGUCGCUUGAGUCUUUCAAGUGUUGAACCUUAGUACUAGGUGGUAUUAUCAAUAUUUGCAUAAGUACCUAACGAUACGGUAAAUAUUUCAAUUGCCCAAGUGCCCUAUUCAUUAUGCAAGUAAAUUACUUUACAUAGG